AUGGUUGACCUCAAGCAGCAUUUGGACCUUCUCGACUACUUUGGCGGUUUGGCUGUGUGUUGCGCAUUUUUUUCGAUUAUUUUCGUUAUCUCCAAUACUUGCAUUCGAUUAUGCUGUAUCAGUAAGGAAGAGAAGCUCCCGUCCACGCCUUUCUCGGUAGGUCUUGCUCUUAGUCGUAUUCAGUUUGCCCAGCUGCUGGCCGAACCUAACUGUAAGGCCCAACUGCUCCGGCAUUUUUCUUGGGCGGCCAGUUGUUCUCGCAUUUGUCUCAGGCUACUUUGA